GAGCGCCGGCCUCGGGCUCCGGGACCAGCUCGCUCGCUGGAGCAUCUUUCUCUCUCUCUCUCUCUCUCUCUCUCUCUCUCUCUCCACCUCGCGGGGCCCCCGUCCGGUUGGGCGAGGAGGGCAUCAUGGCCUCGGACUGCGAGGCGGCGCUGAGCCCGGCCGAGGGCCGGAACCCCCCGCUGGAGCGGUGCCUGGGGGCCCUGCGGGAAGCCAAGAACGACAGCGAGCAGUUCGCCGCCCUGCUGCUGGUGACCAAGGCCGUCAAGGCCGGCGACGUGGACGCCAAAACCAGGCGGCGGAUCUUCGACGCCGUCGGCUUCGCCUUCCCCAACCGGCUCCUGGCCUCCAAGGAGGCCCCCGACGGCUGCCCGGACCCGGUCUUCCGCGCCCUGGGCGUGACCCUGCUGGCCUGCUUCUGCAGUGACCCCGAGCUGGCCGCCCACCCCCAGGUCCUCAACAAGAUCCCCGUCCUCAACGCCCUCCUCCUGAGCGCCCGUGGCGACCCCGACGACCCCGCCCGCCGGGCCGUGGUGGACGACGCCUACCGGUGCCUCACGGCGGUGGCGGGCACCCCCCGGGGGCCCCGCCACCUGAUCGCCGGGGGCACGGUGUCCGCCCUGUGCCAGGCCUACCUGGGCCACGGCUACGGCUUCGACCAGGCCCUGGCCCUGCUGGUGGGGCUCCUGGCGGCGGCCGAGGGGCAGUGCUGGAAGGAGUCGGAGGCCGACCUCCUGACCGUGCUGCGGGGCCUGAGCGAGGAUUUCCAGAAGGCGGAGGACGCGAGCAAGUUCGAGCUGUGCCAGCUGCUGCCCAUCUUCCUCCCGCCGGGCCCGGUGCCCCCCUCCUGCCACCGGGACCUGCAGGCCGGCCUGGCCCGGAUCCUGGCCUGCAAGCUGAGCUCCUGGCAGCGCAACCCGGCCCUGAAGCUGGCGGCUCGGCUGGCCCACUCCUGCGGCUCGGAGUGGAUCCCCGCCGGCGGCCCGGGGGGCAAGUUCCUGGCCCUGCUGGUGAACCUGGCCUGCGUGGAGGUGCGUCUGGCCCUGGAGGAGCCCGGGGUCGAGGUGAAGGAGGACGUGGUGACCGCCUGCUACGCCCUGAUGGAGCUGGGCAUCCAGGAGUGCACCCGCUGUGAGCAGCCGCUGCUCAAGGAGCCCCAGAAAGUGCAGCUGGUCAGCAUCAUGAAGGAGGCCAUCGGGGCCGUGAUCCACUACCUGCAGCAGGUGGGUCCCGAGAAGCUGAAGGAGCCCUUCGUCUUCGCCUCGGUGCGCAUCCUGGGAGCCUGGCUGGCCGAGGAGACGUCAUCCCUGCGCAGGGAAGUCUGCCAACUGCUGCCCUUCCUCGUGCGCUAUGCCAAGACCCUGUACGAGGAGGCCGAAGAAGCCGGGGACCUCUCCCAGCAGGUGGCCUCCCUGGCCAUCUCCUCCUCGGCCCCUGGGUCCCCCUGGCCGGGAGACGCCCUGCGCCUCCUGCUGCCCGGCUGGUGCCACCUGACAGCCGAGGACGGACCCCGGGAGAUCCUCAUCAAGGAGGGAGCGCCCUCCCUGCUGUGCCAAUACUUCCUGCAGCAGUGGGAGCUGACCUCGCCGGGCCACGACCCCUCCGGCCUCCCCGACAGCGUGGAGCUGGGCCUGCAGACCGCCUGUGGCAUCUUCCUCAACCUGGUGGUGACCGCCCCCGGCCUCAUCAAGCGCGACGCCUGCUUCACGUCCCUGAUGAACACCCUGAUGACGUCCCUGCCGGCCCUGGUGCAGCAGAAGGGGCGGCUCUUGCUGGCAGCCAACGUGGCCACCUUGGGCCUGCUCAUGGCUCGGCUCCUCAGCACCAACCCGGCUCUCCAGGGGACGUCCGCCUCCCGCGGCUUCUUCGCCGCCGCCAUCCUCUUCCUGUCGCAGUCGCACGUGGCCGGGGCCGGCACGCCCGCGGCCCUGGCCCUGGCGCCGGACUACGAGGGCGUCUGGGCCGACCUGCAGGAGCUGUGGUUCCUGGGCAUGCAGGCCUUCACGGGCUGCGUCCCGCUCCUGCCCUGGCUGGCGCCCGCCGCCCUACGCUCCCGCUGGCCGCAGGAGCUGCUGCAGCUCCUGGGCAGCGUCACCCCGGCCUCCGUCAAGCCCGAGAUGGUGGCCGCCUACCAGGGGGUCCUGGUGGAGCUGGCCCGGGCUAACCGUCUGUGCCGCGAAGCCAUGAGGCUGCAGGCGGGGGAGGACACCGCCCACCUGUAUGGCAUGGCAGCCUUAGAGCAGUGCCUCGCGGAGCCGUGAGCAGGCAGGCCGCCCCCGGCCUGGCCCCCCCGCCCCUCCUCCCGCCCCACCCGCCUUGAAACCCAAUCCACCAGGAGGGAGAGGA